GUCUACCAAAGUCAGUAUUUCUAGACACAGUGUAAAAUAUAAAAUUCGCAUGGUUUUGUGUACAUAAAAUCGUUAAAAAUAUCUAAAAACUAAGUUAACGUCUUGGGCGUUAAUUUCACAGACACAAAAUAUGGAGGACAAGGCGUCAUUAAAGGAACUGGAUCAGUGGAUAGAACAGCUAAACGAAUGCAAGCAAUUGACAGAAAAUCAAGUGAAAACGUUGUGCGAUAAGGCAAAAGAGAUCCUAACAAAGGAGUCGAACGUCCAAGAGGUACAAUGCCCGGUCACCGUGUGCGGGGACGUUCACGGGCAGUUCCACGAUCUCAUGGAGCUGUUCCGUAUCGGCGGCCGGUCGCCCGACACCAACUAUCUGUUCAUGGGGGACUACGUUGAUCGCGGCUACUACAGCGUCGAGACGGUCACUUUGCUCGUUGCACUUAAGGUCAGAUACCGCGAGAGAAUAACGAUCCUCCGCGGCAACCACGAGUCGCGCCAGAUCACGCAAGUGUACGGCUUCUACGACGAGUGCCUCCGCAAGUACGGCAACGCGUCCGUGUGGAGGCACUUCACCGAUCUGUUCGACUUCCUGCCGCUGACCGCGCUGGUCGACGGGCAGAUAUUCUGCCUGCACGGCGGCCUCAGCCCGUCCAUCGACACGCUGGACCACAUCCGCGCGCUCGACCGCGUGCAGGAGGUGCCGCACGAGGGGCCCAUGUGCGACCUGCUCUGGAGCGACCCCGACGAUAGAGGCGGAUGGGGCAUAUCGCCGCGCGGCGCCGGCUACACGUUCGGGCAGGACAUCUCGGAGACGUUCAACCACAGCAACGGGCUGACGCUGGUGUCGCGCGCCCACCAGCUCGUCAUGGAGGGCUACAACUGGUGCCACGAUCGCAACGUCGUCACCAUAUUCUCCGCGCCCAACUAUUGCUAUAGAUGCGGUAACCAAGCCGCUAUUAUGGAAUUGGAUGAUGCGCUUAAGUAUUCGUUCCUUCAAUUCGAUCCGGCUCCGAGACGCGGCGAGCCUCAUGUGACGAGGCGGACGCCGGAUUACUUCAUGUAGGCUGCCCCAAGUGGCGACGUACACCGAGCAGGAGUGUCCCGAGCGGCGGCGCGGGCGCGCGCGCGGCCCCGCGCCCGCUCGCGCCCGCAGCUCCGCGCGCGAUUCCUCUUCAUCUUUCUGCACUUUGGACAGCCGCCGCCGCCGCCGCCGCCGACCCCCUGACACCCUCGACCCCGACCCCCCACCCCCGACACCUGACCCCCCGCAACCCCCGAGCGCAGCCUUAGCGUAACGGCGUUUUGUGUUUGCGUGGAACGCGUCUAGCGGUUAUGUGCACUGUUUUCAUUGUGUUAAUGAUGUGUUUGGAUGGUCGCCUUAAGCGGUUCUAUUUUGUAAUUUAUUUUUGAAUUGUUAAUUGUAGUUCAGUGUUUUGUCUGUUGAAUUGAUGAUUUUUUCACAUGUGCACGAACUAGAAAUGAUAUUACAUUGAAAUUUCUAAUGUGUAUUAUAUUCAAGUAUGCAUCUGAUGUCUCACAGAUGAUCUAUUAAUUUUUAUAACUGAAGAGCAUUCAAUUUCAUUUCGAGUUUCUAGUGUUUUCAAUUGUGCUUAGAAACGUAAAUUAUUUCGAUUUAUAUCAACAUCAGCCAAAACUAUGGCCAAAAAUCUUACCAAUAGAAGUUUUGGGUCACAUAACUGCUAGAUACGUUGUUAUAAUGCAAUACAAAUAUUGUAUAUUGCAAAAGUUUCGCGCAGUCACGGUUGACGCUCGGAAGCAAUCAGUCAAUCGGAAUCAACUCUACCCAAAAGUUUGCUUGGUGUGUCGAUGGUUACAAGAAACAAUAUAUCGUUCGUGUGGUCCCUUUCGAGGGUUGUCUACAAGAUCGUCCCGUAUAGCAGUGACCGCCCUUUGCAGCGAUUUGUUCAGCAUAAACUUUAGUGUCGACGAUUUCAUAUAUAUUGAGUUGUAACGUGCGUCCAUUCGAGAGAUUUUUUUACAAUUUACACGACGUAAAACGGUUGGAGUAACAGCAAGUCGUCGACGGAUCAACGUUUUAGCACUAAAGGCUACGCGUGUGUUCUUUAUGUAAUUGUAAAGUGAAUGUGCGUCAGUUUAAUAGGACUUGUGUAUACAGCAUACAUAUGUAGUACAUAUUGAUUGCCGGAGACUGAACUUCAAGGAAGAAUUAACCUCAAUUUGGUGGCGUUUGGCAAAUUUCCAACUAAAAUAUGCGGCGGAUUUGUGGCGUUUGCUUGUUGAACAAUUUUUUUUUUAAUUAUUAUUAUGUAUUGUAUAAAACUUAUUUAUUUAGGUAUACUUAGAACACACGUGUACUCUUUGGAUCCACGUAUCGACAAAUCGUAUUUAAUUCUCACAAUUUACGUUAUAAACGAUCUGUUAUAAUAUAAAAGAAAAAUUGUUAUUUCAUAAUGCGUGUUCGUUCGUUAUAUAAAUGAAAAUGGUGGCUUGCUUGUAAUGUAUUUAAUGCAAGCAAUAGAAUGUUAAUUUUUUACAAAAUGAUACAACACUUCAGACUCGUGAGUGUGCAUCCGUGGGCCUUAACAUUAUAUUGCUUGCAUUGAAAAAAAAAGGAAAACAAAAAUGGCGGCGGGAUUCCAAAUUCAAAUGUGAGCAGUGCGUUGCUAAAACUUGCCUUCUCGCGCGACAUUAUGCUGGUAUGUUCAUUUUCACAAGGACGGACGGCGCGAACACUUUAUGUAUUACUUAUGUAUCAAAGACAAUUUAGACCUCAUUAAAAUGCGUACAUUUGCUAAAAAGUCGUUUUAUUUUCUACCAACUCGGAAUGGACAUACCACCAUACACUGAAAUUAGACAGGUGGCAUUUUCUCAUCUAGAUAUAUUUUUUCGUUCGCGGUCGCAAUGUUCCGUUUUCUAUCCGUUAUUAUAAAUUUACAUUUAACAGAAAUAUUGAUAUGUAUUUUUCAGUUUGAUAUUAUUUUUAUGUGUUAGUGUCGUAUGCUUCGCUCGAGCACAAUAAAAUGACGGGUACAUUCGUCUGUGUAAUAAAAAUAACAAUAAGCAUUUAUUUUCGUGACAGAAUGACUGAUUGCGCCGUAUAUUUAAUAUAUUCGCGUGACUAAGUCAAAGUAUUAAAAAUGUUAUAUAAAGAAGGUUAUUAUUGGCGUAUCGGCUCAUUCUGUCAGGAGAUCCGAUUGCAUUUUUUUUUUAAAUUGACUUUUGUUCAAAAUUUCCUCCUGUUGUGCCACAGUACCUGUAUAACAUGGAAUAAAUGUUUCACAAGCGUGAAGCUUUAAUAGUUUCGUUUAUUAUUAUAUUCAUCGAUUAUUAUUUUAGGCAAUUAUGUAAAUACCUAUGGAUGAAGGCAUCGCGUAGGUCGUUAGUGGAAAUAAGCUCGAAAAUAUUCCCCUCCCUUGUACUCUGGCGAAACGAAAUGCGAAGUGAACAACUUAUCAUAAUAAUGUAUAGCAUUUUUAUAUGGAAAUAAUAAUAUUAAAGAGGAUAAGAGGUAAAUUGAUAGCGGUGUAGGUUUGCGGCACGCGUGCGGCGCCUGCACCGUAUAUAAUAUCGUUUAUAAGUAAACUGGCAGAACGCAAUGAUGGAUCACUUCGAGCUCGGACGGCGUCCGUUUCUUCUGUCAGUGCCAUUUUAUAUAAUAGACGAGCCUUCGGCCGAGUUACAAUGUUUUACAUUUCCAAAUUGCACUUCGAUUGAUUGUGAGCGUGUGUCCUGCAUACAAAGAAUUUCCCACCAAUCACAUCGGUCGCCACACGUUUCUUUGAUCUAAGUAUUAAGUAUGUAAGUUAGGUAAAUAAAUAAAUAUGCAAAAAGAACAAAAAAAAAAAGAAAUGUACGCGCUUCAUUUGUGUGAAAUAAUUUUUUUAAACAUUGACGUUGCACUAAGUUGGUUUUGCUUUCGCUAGCGUUAUUUCACACAAUCGAAGUUCGUUGUGUAAUAUAAGGCUUUCCUGGCAGAAUGCAUAGGUAAUAAAUAUUCAAUAUAAAUGAGUUAAAGAGAUAAUUUGUGUAGAGCGAAUGUUGUGUGACAAUGAAUGCAAUGUUGCGCAAAUUGAUAACUUACUGAAAUUAUACAGUGUUGGCAAUAAUCUAAUUUCAGAUAAAACGUAUAAAACAAUUUAUUCUUACAACUGUACUAUGCCCGUUAAUAGGAAUUAGAUAAUAAAUAAAAUUAAUUAUA